AUGGCAUCUCGCAGCCUCUUCGCCUCCUCGCCGGCAUGGCGCAGGAUUGCGCCUCAGGCUCGGGAUGUCCCCCGCCUGGCGCCCUUGAUUACCUCCCGAUACAGCUCUACCAGCUCGACCUCGGCUAUCGCCUACAAGGCCAUCCGCCGCCGGCAAGCUCCGCUGCCCCUCGACCAGCCGCCGUCGUGGUCCGCUCAAGCCGCUGUCUCCAACAUUCUCUACGAGACCCCUACGCCAUCCGCCGCCCCUCCCAAGCGCCAUGUCCUCAACUGCCUCGUCCAGAACGAGCCCGGUGUGCUGUCGCGUGUCUCCGGUAUCCUGGCCGCCCGCGGCUUCAACAUCGACUCGCUCGUCGUUUGCAGCACCGAGGUGGAGGAUCUCUCGCGUAUGACUAUCGUGCUCACGGGCCAGGAUGGCGUCGUUGAGCAGGCACGACGGCAGCUGGAGGAUUUGGUCCCUGUGUGGGCCGUCCUGGACUACACCAACGCUCCCCUCGUGCAGCGCGAGCUGCUCUUGGCCAAGAUCAACAUUCUUGGGCCCGAGUACUUUGAGGAGCUGCUUGCUCACCACCGCGAGAUGACGGCCGAUGGCCCCGAGGCGGAGGGCAACGGCCACGAGGUCGCCGAGAACACCCUGGCGGACACAGCCAAGGACUUCCACCCCAGCCGGCUGGUUGCCAGCGAGGCACUGCGCCACAAGCAUGAGCAUCUGAAGAGCAUCACCUAUUUUGCUCACCAGUUUGGCGGGAAGGUUCUGGACAUCAGCACUAACAGCUGCAUUGUCGAGGUGUCUGCCAAGCCAUCCAGGAUAGACUCUUUCCUCAAGCUCAUCGCGCCUUUCGGCAUCCUUGAGUCGGCUCGCACCGGUCUCAUGGCUCUGCCUCGCUCUCCUCUGUAUGGCCCUGACGAGGAUACCCCGGUGAAGGAGGCCGACGAGGUUGUCGACGCCAGCCAGCUUCCCCCUGGCUAA